AUGCCUCAAGAGUUCACGCGCGUCCUAAUCGAUCCCCUUCCACCGACGGAGAUCACACGGUCCAUAAUCAACCAGGGAUGCAUCUGCGUAUCCGCGUUGAUGGGACAUUAUGGCAUGUACAACUACUUCCAAGUCCAAGAAGUUACCCCGUUCUGGGGUAUCCACCCUUACUUCGGCUCCCCGAUAUGGGCAGCUGCGAUGUUAGGCCAACAGGAUUUCCUCAAACGGCUGCGAAUUGACGGCGUAAACUUCUAUAACAUUGACUACGGCUUCCACACCCCCCUACGGGUGGCAUGCAUCCUCGCGGAUAACCGCCACAAGCAGUCAGUCCUUGUGCUCCUCGACUCUAUGAUCAGCGGUGGCCAAAUUCACUUGAACGACCUCAGAACCAGCUUGAUUUACGCCAGAGAGACACAAUUCCUUCCUCUCUUCCGCCUACUGACCGAGCCUGCAGUGAGAGGCUUGAUCAAAACAGAGCUUGAGAAUGUUCUCCACCUUGAGAAUGGAGACAAUGCGCGCCAACUGACUAAGCUCCUGAUCACACGCGGCGUCGAUCCGAACACACGCGCGCUACUUGACCUCCUCGAGGUAUCUAGCACUAAGAAGCUUACAACGCCGCUACAAGACGCUGUAAACAACCACAAGCGCGCCCGAAUUGACCUCCUACUCGCGCACGGCGCAGAUCCCAAUAUGGUGGCCUCCGCGGGCGGCCUGAGCCCCCUCGAGGUAGCCCUGCGCCAAAGGUCUCCGGACGUUGUCGACACACUCUUGCGCCACGGCGCAGCGAAGUAUGCCGAUCCAACCAACAACGGCGCCGGUUUCAACAUCCUCACACACCCGGACGCAUGGGCACACCCGCCGACCUGGCAGGUCUGCCUCUCGCACUUCGACACGAGCGAGCCGCGCACCCCCGAUUCUCCGAACGGCCCCAGGCUCUACCGGACCAUCAACGACUACGCUUACGCCUACGCCGCGCUCCUCGAAGCCGUCGGCCGCGGCCGCAGAGACCUGGUCCUCCGCCUCAUGGACCGCGACGUCAGCAUCCACGGCCGCUGGGACCCGCCGCUCCCGCCGUUCCCUUCUGCGAGGAGCUGGAUGGUCACCGACCCGCGGGCGCCGUUGCCGCGCCGCCACGUGAUGCUCGCGCCCCCGGCCAUCCAGGCCGCUCUUCGGGCGGGCGAUCAAGCCAUGGUCACCUUCCUGUUCGAACACGGCGCUGUUUGGAAUUACCCGUAUGACUAUCUGCUGCGCGAGCCGGGCGAGUCGGCCAUCGACGUUGAGAAGCGUGUCGCCCGCGUCAGAGGCCGCGCAAACGUAAGGGAUGAGGAGGAAGAGAGGAGGGAGAGGGAGACUUUGAGGGCGGCUAAUGCCAUUCCGAACUGA